UGUGUGUGUGUGUGUGUGUGUGUGUGUGUGUGUAGAUCUCGACCCUGCCAUUGUGAUGCCUAAAGACUCUGUUGUGGUGGCUCAAGGAGCGGAGCUGACGGCCACCUGCAACGCCCUCUCUUCUCUCCAGACACAGACAGUCUGGCUGAAGGAUGGAGAGGCGGUUUCAAUGGGCAACAGUUUGAUCCUGAAGGACGCGACGUUUGACUCAGCAGGGGAGUACGUGUGUGUGGUGACUGUUCUUGAGAUUGAGGGAAUGGAAACCAGCGGGACACUUCAUGUAGAAGUCCAAGGCCCACCAGAGAUCAUGAAGCCAGACGACACAGAGAUGGAGGAGAGUUUUGGGACGACAGUCGAUCUGAGCUGUAGUGUCAGAGGUUUCCCUACUCCCAGCGUUACCUGGACCACCUCUGAUGGAAAGAUCCUCCCGACAGCAUCUCAAAUAGAGAGCUGGGGUGAAGUCCAUAGUGUGGUCAGCAUCAAAGUCACCUCUGACAUUACGGCUUUCUGCAAUGCCUCCAACGAUUUCGGCAAGGACGCGUUGACCUUCAACAUCGCAGCCACUAUAAACACCACCACACCAGCCACAACUAGCACUAGCACUAGCACUACCACGACCACUACAACUACAACUACCGCUACCAAUACCUCUGCCACAGGUAAGACCACAGUCACUCUUCACC